CCCAGCGUCGUGACUCGGACAUCGAAUACCUUCUGCCUCGGCCGGCGAAGUGGCGAUUGCUGUAUUACCGACGUCAGACUGAAGGCAGUCCUCGCAAGAAGGAAGAAAUAAAAUUAACGUGACUCACAAAGGACCUGUCUCGGCACAAAGAAUAGAGUUUAUUUUUAAAAGUUUAUUUUCCUCUUACGUGAUAUUUUACUCUUUUUCUUAUAUGACGUAAACAAUUUGUUAUUAGUAACGGAAGUGUGUUCAGUGAGUUACAAUUUAUACUUGGUGUAAGUGGAUUAAAUAAGCACAACAAUACAGUUCUUAAAGUAAUCUUGAUUGGAAGCCAUCACGUGACUGAUUCCAACAAUCAGCAGCACAUGAGGAAAAUGGAAGCCAUAAUCACUUCCAGCAGAGCUUCACUGAAUUUCAAGACUGUGGUGGUAUUACUCGUGUCACUCUUCAUGCUAGGUUCCGUGAUGCCAACAAUGGGGCUGCGGUGCUACCGAUGCGGACAGUACACGGAUGGCGUGGGAUCCAUUACACCAUGCAUUAACUACACUUCGCAUAACCUCCAAGACUGCCCGGAAGAACAGAAUAUUUACUGCAUCAAAUUUGUGAGUGAGGGCAGCGUUGUUCGAGAAUGCAUAGACAAGUGCGUAGAGAAGGAGACUUGGGGGACAAAGAUUUUCUGCUGUGACGAAGACGGUUGCAACGCCAGCGAAAAUCACGCACUGUCGCUGGCCGCAUGGUUAUCUUCCGUUGCCUUGGUUACGCUCCGACAAAUAGCGUCAUUCUAAUAAUAAACCGGUAAACAAAACUACUUCCUGUUUUCCAUCUGAAAAAUAAAAUAAUACUAAAUUUAUCCUACAUAAACAUUUAUCUCAAAAGGAAGAA